AUGGAGCAGGUAGCCAAUGCGGAGAAGUUGAACCUAUGCCGUAAGUGCUACCUGGGAGGGUUCGCUUUCCUGCCUUUUCUCCAGCUGGUCAACAUUUUCUGGUUCUGGAAGCGGGCCUUCCUUGCUCUGGCCUACACCAAGCAGAGCCAGAUCAAAGGCUAUGUCUGGCGUUCAGGCAUUGCCUUACUCUUCUGUAAUCGCGCUCACCAUCUGGAUCACCAUCUCUUCCAAAUCUGCCUGCCCCGCUGGGGCGUCCUUGAGGACAUCCUCUCCUUCACAGUUCCCCUGGGCACACCCUGA